AUGCACUUGCUGCAAGUCGAUCUACGAAUAAUCCAUGGCACGGGAAAAGCGGAUGCGAGGAGGAGCAAUGCCAAGGUUUCAGUCGUACUGGAUCGAAAGGACUUGAGGAUAGGACGCGCGUGCGCUCGGUGUCUAUGGAUUCAAGGAGAACUCGUCAAAUGGGGCAUAGCUUUACACAAGCGAACCUCUUACUUGGCAUGUCCGCGUCCACGCUCAUGCCCACGCGAACUUCUCGCCAUGUCUCGCCCUCACAUCGUAUCUGCUUCAGCCAACAAGCGAGGUCAAUUUGGUUCCGCGCUUCUGAAAUACCCCACAGUCGGCUCUGGUCGGCUUGAUCCUGUUGAUCUUCCCAAAGAAAUUCAGGGCCUUGCUAGUUACGCUCAGAAUUAUUUCUAUUCAGAUCUAGAUCCGGUUCGAUUCGAUUUGCACGGCUCACCAGUAGGCGCUUGGGGGUACUCCGGAGUCUUAACCGAGCAGGCCGAAAACUACGAGCAGGAGUCACAGCAGAUGCAGCUUUCUCCUGCUGAACUCUUCGCCUACCAGUACGACUAUACGAUGCAGGCUGCCGACACUCACCACGCUCCCCACAGCGCCACCUCCCUCACGUACUGGCCUGCUGAACAGUACCGAGGCGCUCCUUGCUCACCGACCGCUUCGUCCUCCCCUUUGCCGGUAUACGAUGCGCAGCAAAUGGACUAUCAGGCUAGCCCACUCACCCUCGCGGGGCCCACUUCAUUCACCUCCCCCACGCUUGGGUACACCUAUGCCCACUCCCACUUGAACGUGUACACGCAGCCGACGUACGGCUACACAUACGAACACAUCGACUCAGAUGGGUACCACCUCGGCGCCUCCUCCACUGCCAACGAGUACUCGCUGGAUUAUCCGGCCGUGACUUCGACUGUGGACACGAUAGG